AUGCAAAUUUCAGCAUCAGUUCGUCUUGGCAUAGGCGACUUCAUUUUCUAUAGUUUGCUGGUAGGUAAAACCGCGACACGUAGUAUAAUGUACGUUGCUGACUCAAUGGCUGGCUGGCUGGCUGGCAUACUCACCCUGGCAGUAUUGUCUAGCUACGAUGAACCCACUCCAGCACUGUCUGUUCCGAUCGAUUACCAUCGCUGUACUGCUACAUCCCGGCAUUUAUCUGUUCGUCGAACCAUUCUAUAA